AUGAGGAAAGGGAUGCAGAGAGAGAUAUUUGAAAGCCCUCUGUCCUCUGAAGAAGAUCUUACAAGAUCUACAGGACUCAGAGCUUCAAUCUCAACUAUAUUGAGCUUCAAGAAGUGGCCCGUAGACAGCUGUGAAUGGGAGAGUUAUUUUGACGACAGCGGCCAGUUGCUCAAAUCUCGAGACUACAUUUCAGCCCAAAUCAUGGAGCGGGGCUUGGAUCCCUCUGCAAAAUUGGAAGCAUGGAAGUUUCUCACAGGCUAUUACUCCUGGCGAAGUACCUACGAUGAGAGGCUCGUGGUGAACAGCAGGAGACGGAAAAACUACGAGUCCUUGUGCAACAUGUGUGAAAAGAUCCAGCCAUUACUGGAGAGCGCGCUUCAGGAUUUCCUGGAGGUCCAGAACAGCAUCAAGUCUGAUGUUCAGAGACUUUACCUGAAAGAUGCCCAAGGCAACACACUCGUGGAUAAGAAUCAGCUGGAAAAGAUCCUUCUCCUGAACUACAUGUGCAAUGUGGAAGUGGGGAUGGAAUACCAACAAGGCUUCCAUGAAAUGCUCCUGCUCUUCCGUCUGCUUGUGGAAAAAGAACAUGAGAUCUACUGGCUCUUCCAGUUCUUCCUGCAAAAAACUGAGAACAGCUGCAUUAUGAACCUUGGGGUGGAGAAGAACUUGAUCAUGCUAAGAUAUUUGAUUGCAUUUAUGGAUCCAGUCCUUGCCAAGCACCUGGACAAGAAAGGACAAGUCGUGAAGUCAUUGUGCCCAUGGUUCUGCCUGUGCUUCCAGCGAGUCCUCAAGUCUUUUGAUGAUGUCUGGAGACUGUGGGAGGUGUUUCUGACUCGCCUGCCCUGCAGGAACUUCCAAGUGAUGGUAGCCUAUACACUGCUGCAAUUGGUGCGAGAUCAGGUCCUCAGAGAAGACAUGAGUGAAGAGGACAUUUUAAUGCUUUGUAACAACAUUGCAGAUCUGGAUGCUGAUGAGUUGAUCACCAAAGCUAGUAGCAUAUAUGAACUUUUGCUGAAAUAUAAAGACAAGCUGGACGCACAGCUGGUGGUUUCCGUGGGCGCACGACUACUUAAGAUCAAAAUAAGCAAACACGAAAGGGAGAAAAUUGCAAACGAAGUGGAGCGAGGCUGCCCGCCGAACUGUGACAUGUUGAAAGUGACCUUGACAAGAGUCGGUAGAACCUUGAUUUGA